AUGACUAAAAUCUCAGAUGAUCCCAGUUGGUGGUCGUUUAUCGAUGACCAUGAUUUUUACAGCUAUUGGAGGGUUGCUGCAGGCUUCGUGGUGGUAUACGAUUGGGCCCUAACCCUCGGACAAGAGAUUGAAUUGAUUUGGGGACAACGUUGGUCUCUCAUCACUGUGCUGUUCCUGGUUGUUCAUACGCUAUAUUGGAAUGCCAUAUUUUGUUAUCGACGCUCUGGCAUAUAUCCCAAUAUUCUCGCUGACAGACGAAGUCUUUCAGGCUAUCUUAUGACCUACGCAAAGAAUGGGCAAGAUGUGAUCGUGUUUGUUAUGUUGGGCAUCAUCAUGAUUGCUCGGUUACAUGCCAUGUAUCAGGGAUCUAGAAUGAUGCUUAUCUUCCUUGUCAUUAUCUUCCUGGCUAUAAAUAUCGCCUGCGCAGUAAUAAUCAACAUAGUAGAAAUCAAGGAUACCACAGCGGAGGAGCUUAUACUCUCUGGAAGACAUAUGUGCCGUUAUGAAUAUAAGGGGGACUACCAGUUCCUGUUUCAAAUGAAUUGGAUACUCAUCACUAUUUGGGAGAUCCUCGCAUUGUGUCUUUCAGCCUGGAUUGCUGUAAAACACUUCCGUGACCUGCAACGAUUCGGCCCAUCAACAGGAUCGAUCAUCGGGGACUGUUUCAGAGUACUGAUAGAAUCUCAUGUGCUUUAUUUUGCGAGUUUUGUUGGUGUCCCUAUCAUCGAGUUUAUCCUUGAGUCUUCGGAGGUCGAGCAUUCAAAUUCUAUGGCAUCUUCCAUACUCCAUGGCGCUUAUCAGAUUUUAUCUGGCGUGCAGUGGUUUGUGCUGGGACCACGCCUCGUCCUUGGUGUUCGAGAAUAUCACGCCAAACUCGUGGCCGAAUCCGACGCAGAAACUAGCAUGAAUUCGAUUGUCUUCCAGGAGCAUGUAUAUGUACCAACUAGCAGUUCCGUAUAG